GGUGGGGUGCGGGGUCUCCGUCCGACCGACCAUCAAGCGCUAGCACUCACCUUACCACUUCCACUGAACCAAACAAAAACGAGAUUUGAAGUUCUUUAGCAGCGAGCGCAGUAAACGUGUAGAAUUGAAAAUCGAUGGUGUAUGGUCGGCUUCGGAAUAAUUUUUCAUAUAAAAAUACGAAUACCGAGCACCUGUUUCAUCAGUGGUUUUACCUGUUUUCAGGAGUGGGUAGUGCGCGAUAGCGUGAUGAUCCUUUUUUUGGCAGUUUGACGUUUGACCUUUCCUCGAGUGUUAAGGCACCGUUAGUGUACCUAGAGUGGCCUUGGAGGGACAUUUUUCAAAAAAAAUGUCGGCCGAAAAAUUGAACGGCAAUCAUUCCAAAGCGCGGCUUUGUCAUAUUCGAAAAGUGGACAACUUUGAUGGAUACGGUUUCAAUCUGCAUGCAGAAAAAGGCAAGCCUGGCCAGUACAUUGGCAAAGUGGAUGAUGGAUCUCCUGCGGAAGCAGCCGGCUUAAGGCAAGGCGACCGAAUCCUGGAAGUCAAUGGAGAAAGCAUUGGAGAUAAAACGCAUAAGCAAGUCGUCGAACUUAUAAAGCAACACUCUGACGAAACCAAACUUCUGGUAGUAGACCCCGAUGAUAACUCCAUUAUUCCCACAAACAACACCGAAUCGUUAAAGCAUGCGGAAAAUGCGUCGAAUGGAAAGCAGGAAAAUAAUUACUCCAACAACAAAAAUCACAGUGCAGGAAAGAAAGAAGCAAAUGGUACCUUGAACCUCAGUAUGACAGCAGCGGAACUUCGAGCUAAGCUAGCAGCAAAGAAGAAAUUCGAUCCCAAGAAAGAAGCCAUGGACUUCAAGCAGAAGUUUGAUAUAGUCCAAAAGUUAUGAGACCUGUAAGUGUUUGGUUUAUAGUGUGAAUAUGUGAUGUGUACUGUUAAACGAAAUGUUAUUCUCAUUCUCAUGUUUGUCUAAUUAGCGACAAGAUUCGCGUUUAGAAGGAAUUUUAUUUUUUAUGAAUAGUAUUAAGGAGUGGCUGAAUAUAUCACCGUUUAAAUAUGCACACUUGUAUAUUGCCUCUGGCUCAGAGGUCGCAUAUCUAUAAGGUUAUAAAUACUCUCGCCUUUAACUUGGAAAAGAAGAUGUUCUUGUUCAGGUAAAACCGCUUUCACUGUGUCUCGGACAUCAUUAAAUCUAAGCAAUUCCUUUGGAAUGUCGUUAAAUUCUCUAUAACUUUGCUUCAUUGUAAAACACACGCUGGGCGAUCUAAUAAUAAAACGAUUCAUUUUGUAGCUAGGAUUUAUUCCUCGAAAUUUAUUUCUUAUACAAAUACAUGUUAUGAACUUUU